UGUUCCAGGAGGGUUGGCCCGCGCACAAGGGCGGUUCUCUCAACCCUCGCCCUCGAGAUAGUCAUCCUUUUGCCGCGCUCCUGAGCAAACCUUAACAGCAUGGUUGACUGAAAACAAUGUGGGCACUGUUGGUGUUGCUUCUGGUGGAGGUGCAAGGCCUGGUGCCCAACUGCCCUGAGGAGUGCCUCUGCUUGUCGCAGUCGCAGAUCCUCUGCAACACUGGGGGUCUGACUGAAAUACCGAAGGACCUUCCCACGACCGUGCAGCACCUGUCGCUGACCAAGAACAACUUUCCCGUGAUCAGGACGGACGCGUUCAACGGCCUCAAGGGACUGACGAGGCUGCACCUGGACGGCAACAACAUUUCCGUCAUAAAACCGUUCGCAUUCCGUGGCCUGCCGCGCCUCAAGGAGAUCUCCAUCCAGCACACGCCGCUCAGGUUGGUCGCGCAGUUCGCGUUUGCCGGCCUGCAGAACGUGUCGCACAUCUUCCUCGGCCACAACCAGAUUGAGAAGGUCGAGGGAUACGCGUUCGCAGGCACGUCCAACGUCCGCCUGCUGCUCCUCAACAAUAACCCGCUCAAAAGGGUCGAAGCCUCGGCUUUCUCCGGUCUCACCCACGUCGAGCACAUCAUACUUCCGUCGGGUGUGAAAGUGAUAGAACCCGAUGCAUUCAACGGGCUGGACACCGUGGGCCUCUUAAAGAUGGCCUUCAUGGACCUGCAAGCCAUGCAGAGUCACACCUUUCGGAACUUGAUCAGGGUCCACGUCCUCACAAUACAGGAGUCCGACCUUGGCGUGAUCAAGGAAGGGGCGUUCGACGGGCUGUCGCUGGUGACCAACCUGAACAUCAUCAACAACAAAAUCGACGCGAUCCGGGGCCUGGUGAUUAAACCUGCGAGCAAGGUGCGCACGCUGCGCUUCCACGGCAACCACCUGCUGGAGACGCCGACCCUGACGGGCCUGGUGAUCGACGGCGUGGAGCACCUGAGCGUCAUCAACAAUCACUUCCCGUGCGACUGCCACCUGCACACGCUGCUGGCCAGCUCGCUGGCCAACACGUCCGACUUCAAGCGGAGGAACUUCUGCAUUUCGCCGCUCGAGGUCAACGGCCGCACUAUCGAGUCGCUCGACCUGGACACGAUCGGCCGCUGCUCGAACGAGAUGACCAGGGACACCCUGGAAGGCACACUCGGCUCCCGAGGAACCAACUCCACACGACUAUGUGGACAACUGUUUCUGCUACUUGUGAUACGCCUGUUGAUGUUUUAGGCCAUACUUCUAUACUACAUGGUUCGCGAAUUGCUGGGGCUGCGUAAUAAAGAUUAUGCACUGCUGCGGUGUUUAGAGCUGAUUUAUACACGCGCGUAGCUCUGUGUAACACUAUACAUACAUAUAUACAUACUACGAUGCAGGUUAUUUAAUACUUAAGUGUGUGUGCUGCCAGAAAAGUCGGUGUUGUUGUGUAUAUGAUAAAUUACGAAUAUUACCAUGAAAAACAAACCGUUGAUGCCAAUAAAUAUAAACAAGCAUUGAUGCAAUUACA